CAUGUCUGACAACUCAACUACUAGGAAGUACAUCGAGAUUACAUUUUUGUAAACUUCCCUGUCGGAGCGAUAUUUUAUCUUCGAAUAAGUUGUCUCUCUGCUUCCUCUACCACCAUGCCAAGUGACACGUGCUGAGACAGAGGACCAUGUUAUUCAAACCACGCUAACCGAAGAUGGUGUUUUAAUCGCUCUUUUUAAAAUGGACACACUGAAAUCCUCCAGUGUUUAUUUUGAAUGCUAAUAAAUGUGACGAUGUUGAUCAUUUUGUGAUCAAUAUAUCAUUUUAUAUACAAGGAAUGCACUUUCUUAUUGCCAGAAAGUGAGUGACACGGUAUAUUCCCAUUCACCUCAAUGGAAGCUCCAGUCACACCAACUCCUCUACCCUCCAACUCCACCCUGCCUACACCUUUCCCUCUGCACCCGGCAGUGGCCCCAUCAGUCCAGCUUGGAAUCACCAUCCUCUACACUGCUCUCUACGGAAGUCUCUUCUUGGUCGUCUACGUUCAGCUCUGGCUCCUCCUGCUCUGCCGACACAAGCGCUGGAGCUACCAGAGUGUGUUUCUGUUCCUCUGUCUUCUCUGGGCGGCUCUUCGCACCACUCUGUUCUCCUUCUACUUCCAUAACGCCCUGGAAGCCAACCGCCUGGCCACAGUGUUUUACUGGCUCCUCUACUGCUUCCCUGUCUGUCUGCAGUUCUUCACCCUCAGUCUCAUCAACCUCUACUUCACUCAGGUAUUACUCAAAGUGAGAGAGAAGUACAGCCCUAACACUGAGCCCAGCAAUGGACUAUGUUGGGCGCGGUGCUUAUACGCCACCCUGAGUGGUGUGUUCCUGUGUGUCAACGUGGUGUGUGCUGCGCUUGGCUGGAACGGGGGCAGUGGAGGAGCAGGAGCUAAAACAUGGAGUCUGGUUCUGAUACGAGUACUGGUCAAUGACCUGCUGUUCAUCUUCGAGGCUGUGUGUCUAGCUGCAUUACUGCUCCUCUUAACCCGACGUUCCACAUCCACCAGCCCUUACCUGCACAGUAAGGGAACAACAGUGGGUCGGACUGCACUUCUAGGAGCGGGUGUAAUACUGCUCUUUGCUAGUAGAGCAUGUUACAACCUGGCUGUCCUCAUACUGUCCCAGAAUCACAGAGUGGAGUCCUUUGACUUUGACUGGUACAACAUCUCUGACCAGGCUGACCUGCGUAGUGAACUGGGAGACAGGGGUUACUUGGCGUUCGGGGCAAUUCUCUUCAUAUGGGAGCUGCUUCCCACCAGCCUCCUCAUCCUCAUCUUCAGAAUCCGCCGACCGCCUCAAGAAGUUGGCUGUAAUAUGCCCAUUAACAACAGAGUCCCGCGGCCGUACUUCUUUGAUGACCCAGCAGGGGAAGACGCUGACUCGGGUGUUCCUUGGGUCAACAGCUCACAUCCACACCAAAGCUGGUAUGGAUCCAUCAAGGAGACGACACCUCUUCUCUUCGCCAGUAACCCUCCUGACCAGAACCAACACCACACCUUCUACUCAACGCCACAGAACUAACUGACCCUCUAUCUGAAAUGGCACCAUAUUCUAUUUUAUAGUGCACUACUUUUGACCAAGGACCACAGGGCUCUGGUCAAAAGUAGUGCACUAUAUAGGGUAGAGGAUGCCAUUUUGGACUCGCCCUGAUCCUGUCUGUCCUGCAGUGAAAUGUUGUAGUGCUCUCUCAGGUUGCUAAAGGCGCUGCGUGGUCAAUCCGACGUCUGGAUUGGCCGUGCAGCAUUUACAGUGACAUGGCCUCAGCAGAAGUCAGGGCAUUCAUACUUCUUGCCCUUCGCCGAGCA